UAGCAGGAGUCGUGGGCACUUGGGUGUAGCACAGCGCGUGGAAUCGGGUAAAGCAAUUUAAUUUCGUUACCAUACAUAUGGCUAGCAUUUUUACCGUGACUAGAGAAAAGUGUUGCGGGGCGAAGGUUGGGUGCGCUGCAGUGGUAACAGAAAUUAAACCUAUUACCAUAUAUAUAUAGGUUGCCGUGCUGGUUGUUGCACUUUUCCUUCAUUUUUGUUUUCCUAUGCACUUAAUAUUAUUGUGAGAAACAUAGACCUAGGUCACUUGAAUAAAUGGUUGUUGUAUCAAGCACCACGUGUUGAUGUUGAAAUGAAGGAUGGUGCAUUGGAACGCCAAAUCAUGGAAGCGCCUAAGUCAGGUGGCGUCACUGAGAAUAGCAAUGAUCAGAUUCUUGAUUCCGUGCUAAAGAUUAAGAAAAUACGGGAUUCUAUUCUUCGUAAGGAAUUCAUACUUCAAGACGGAAGUGCUCAAUGUGAUAUGGACAUUCAGAAAAUUAAGACUGAAGAGAAGAUGACAGCAGAAGUGUUGUCAAUAAUGGAGAAAUAUAAGGAACCUAGCUCAAAUAUAAUGAAAGUUGUCAAUCUAACUUUCUUUGGCGAUGAUGGCAAAACCAAGAGCACUAAGACGAUGGAGUUGAACUUGAAGGAGGCACUCGCCCAACGUGAUAAAUGCAUGGAGCUUGAUGAGAUCUGCUGUGAUUGCGAUUGGAUGGCCCCUAGAUACACAGUAGUACCUUCGCUAGCAGAUGGAAUGCACGUCGGCGAAGUACGUUUGACAUGCCCUGAUUUUGAGAUGAGCAUCACCGGCGAUCCUCGUCCGACCCCACAUGAUGCAAGGUGCUCCGCAGCUGCCAAUAUGAUAUUGGAGCUUGGCAAGAAGGCGGGGGGAAAAGAACAACAUGAUAGCUGAUGCAAAGUUGCUAGCUGGGACUAGUAAGG